GGUUUACCUUUCAUCUUCUCUUUUCGUCGUUGCUGUUCGGCUUCGUUGCUUUGCAGGAGGUGUAUAGAUUGCGCGCGUCGCUUCUUCGGCUCCUUCGUGGCUGUUCGACUUCGCUCCUUCGACGACUUUCCCUUCCAGUUAUCGGAAGUUACGACAUUUUGAUCGGAAGCAAAAACGGGACCUCGCUGGCUGUGAAGAUUGAUCGAAGCUUUAGCCGCUAGGUGGAACAAUGGGUUGGUGCAGUCAUUGUGAAGAUGACUGUGACACUACUCUCGAUUCUGAGAAGGGACAUGUUUGCUGUUUUGUUUGUGGAAAGGUUCUUGAUCAACAUGAUGAUUAUUCUAGUGCUCCUACAUUUGAAAAAUCAGGUGGCGGCCAGAGUAGAUUAUCUGGCAGCAUCCUCCGCAGUGUUGCAAGUGCAUGUUCGCUGUCCCGUGAGAGAACUUUGGAGAAGGGGAGGAAUGUGAUAUAUUCCAUUGUGCUCUUUCUGAGAUUGAGUGGUGGAGAUCCUAUAAUCAACAAAGCUCAUCAUUUAUAUAAAAUAGCGGUUGAAAGGAAUUUUACUAAAGGACGAAGAAUGACUCAUGUUGCAGCUGCUUGUAUAUACAUUGCUUGCCGGCAGACUGAAAAAGCAGUUCUUCUCAUUGACUUUUCUGACUAUUUGCAGACAAGCGUUUAUGUGUUAGGUGCUGUUUUCUUGCAGCUCUGCAAAAUGUUGAGGCUUUCAGAUCAUCCCAUUGUUCAAAAACUUAUUGAUCCAAGUCUUUUCAUCCAUCGGUUCACAGAGCGCUUAUUAGGUGAAAGUCAUAAUCCUGUUUCUGAAGUAGCACUGCGUAUUGUUGCAAGCAUGAAACGUGACUGGAUGCAGACAGGAAGGAAACCUAGUGGCUUAUGUGGUGCGGCAUUGUACAUAUCUGCACUAUCUCAUGGCUUCAACUAUUCCAAAUCAGAUAUUGUGACUGUCGUACAUAUAUGUGAGGCAACGUUGACAAAAAGGCUGAUUGAGUUUGAGAAUACAGAUUCGGGUUGUUUGACGAUCGAGGAUUUUAUUGCCAGGGCCGACGAGCUAAAUAAUGUCUCUCAAUCAUAUCAGUCUCCCACACCAGGGCAAGUGCUGUGUGCGCACAAGGAUACAAAUGAGCCUCAUUUUGCUCAUGGACUUUGCAGAGAAUGUUUCAAUGAAUUCAUUCAUUUAUCAGGGGGAAUUAAGGGAGGUGCAGAACCUCCAGCCUUUCAGCAUGCUGAAAGGCAGAGGUUGCAGAAGGCCAGAGCUGAGGAAAAGAUGCCUAAAACAAAUGCAGAUAUGCAACAGACUGAUUUAUCAUCGAAGGCCACUUCAGUUUCCCAUGGAAGUAAAGCACCAUUUUCAGAAGAACCUAAACUUCAUAAUGGGCAUUCAGCUGUUGAUACUUUUGCUUGCAAUUACUCAGAGCAGGAUUUGCAUGAAGAAGGAACUGGAGAUCCUGAAAGCUUUUCUGAUAUAGAUGAUGUUGAGGUUGAUGGUUACCUUCACAAUGAGGAGGAAAAGAAGUAUAAAAAGAUCAUAUGGGAAGAAAUGAACAAAGAAUACCUCGAGGAGCAAGCAGCCAAGGAAGCUGCCGCUGCUGAAGCUGCUAAAGAAACUUAUGAGGCUACUUUGUCUAAUAAUUCUGAAGAAUUUAGUUCCGCAAAAGAACUGGCAGCAGCGACUGCAGCUGCUUUGGCCAAUUCUAGAAAGGAAAAGAGGCAAAAACGAGCAGCAGAGAAAAGGAAUUCAACACCUCCAAAAUCUCCUCUUGAAGCAACAAGCCAAUUGCUAAAACGAAAGUCGUUCCAUUCAAGAGUUAAUUUCAAGGCAUUGGAGAGUCUAUACACGCCUGAGCAGGAUAAUGCAAAGAAACAGCGCACUGAGAAUGACGAUGGAGAAGCUGCUAAUGGUGAGGAGAAGGGAUCUGAUGAGGAUGCCGCAAUGGGUGGUGAAGAUGGCUUUGCUACACAGACAAAUAAUGGUGAAGAUCACUAUGGAUAUGAUGAUGAAUAUGGAGAUGAUGGCUAUGGAAAUGUUGAUGAUGACUAUUAUGGCAACGAAGACGGUAAUUAUGCUAAUGGAUAUGAUGCUGGCUAUGAUCAGUGGGAGGACUAAGGCUUCGUUUGGGACGGCUUUUUUACUGCUUUUUAAAAUAAUUUUUUAAAAUAAAAAUUAAAUUUUUUUACUAAAAAGUUGUUUUAAGAAGCAGUAAGAAAGCCAUUACAAACGAAGCCUAAAACGAUCAAGCUGCGCAUCUUUUCAUGUUAUCCCACACCUUGAACCCUAAGCCCUAACAUUUGUAUUUAUUUCUAACCAUUUAGUGAUGUAUUAUUAUUAUAUUGUUCUAUUGUAAUUUGUUGUAGGAUAGGAAUGCAGAUCUGCAUGCCUCCAGGAAUUGAUUCAAUAUUUAGUAUUGCCAUUUUAAAAUAGCGAUA